UAGUUUAUGAUUCAUUGAUUCCGCAGAAUAAAAAAUGGCAUCAUUAACCUAUGCCCACCAACGAAAACAAGAGCAGGAGGUGGAGGGAGAGGGCGAGGAGGAAAGGAAAAGAGAAGAGAAGUUAUUAAUUAGGAAUUCUUAUUUGUAGAGAAGAAGGGGGAAGGGGAGACACAGUGUCUCUCCUUUUUCUCUAACAAGAAAUAAGUGUGACAAAAAUCCAACAACAAUGUCAUCAAGCCGGCAAAGGAAGACGAAGAUGUUUGGGAUGUGUGGCGGUGAUUAUAACGACGACGACAAGGAUGAUGCAGACAAGAGAGAGAUUGAUGAAGCAAGAGAAGAUGGCAGCCAAUAUAGUCUCACAGGCAUUCUUCUUCCGUCUCUCGGUGCCACGGCUGUCCGCAAUGACAGCGGUAGACCAAAGCUUCGCCGAUACAUUGUCUCACCAUAUAAUCGUCGUUACAAACUAUGGAACAAGUUUCUGCUGAUAUUGGUUUUCUACACUGCUUGGAUGUGCCCAUUUGAAUUUGGUUUCCUUGAGAAAUCAAUGGGUGCAGUGGCUAUAACCGACAAUGUUGUAAAUGGGUUUUUUGCCAUCGACAUUGUUCUCACCUUCUUCGUUGCCUACCUUGAUAAGUCCACAUAUUUGCUAGUUGAUGACCACAAACUCAUUGCUUUGAGAUAUGCUAAGUCCUGGUUGAUCUUGGAUGUCAUUGCAACCAUUCCUUAUGAAGUUGUUAUUCUAAUUUUGCCACCUUCUCUUAAGAUAUAUAGUUACUUCAAUAUUCUUCGCCUUUGGCGCCUCCAUCGAGUGAGUGCCAUGUUUGCAAGAUUAGAAAAGGACAGGAAAUAUAGCUACUUUUUGGUGCGCUGUUGCAAGUUUACAUGUGUUACUCUAUUUUCAUUGCAUGCUGCUGCAUGCUUUUUCUAUUUUCUUGCUGCACGGGAUAAUCCAGAAUCUACGUGGCUUGGACUUGUUCCUGAUGCCAUUGACCAGAAUCUUUGGGGAAAGUAUGUAGUAGCAAUAUAUUGGUCCAUAGUGACCCUUUCAUCAGUUGGUUAUGGUGAUCUACAUCCUGUAAACACAAAAGAAAUGGUAUUUGACAUUUUUUAUAUGCUCUUUAAUCUUGGACUCACCUCAUAUCUGAUAGGCAACAUGACCAACAUGGUAGUCCAGUGGACGGAAAGAACUAAGAGAUAUAGAGACACUGUACAAUCUGCCUCAAAUUUCGCUCGUAGGAAUCACUUGCCAAAUCGUUUACAAGAACAAAUGUUUGCUCAUUUGCUUAUGAAGUACAGAACUGAUUUAGAAGGACUACAACAUCAAGAGAUCAUUGAUUUCCUUCCAAAAGCCAUUCAGUCUAGCAUCUCACACUACCUAUUCUUUUCAAUUGUUGACAAAGUGUACUUAUUUCAUGGAGUGUCAAAUGACCUACUUUUUCAACUGGUCACAGAGAUGAAGGCUGAGUAUUUUCCUCCGAAGGAAGAUGUGAUUUUGCAAAAUGAAGCACCAACAGACUUUUAUAUAUUCAUUACUGGAGCUGCAGAUCUUAUCAUUCAUAAGAAUGGAAUAGAGCAGGUUGUUGGCGAGGCAAAGCCUGGAGAUGUAGUUGGGGAAACAGGAGUGUUAUGUUAUAGGCCACAAGUGUUUACUGUUCGGACCAAGCGGUUGAGCCAGAUAUUGCGUUUGAAUCGAACCACAUUUCUAAAUCUUGUUCAUUCAAAUGUUGGAGAUGGAACAAUGAUCAUAAACAAUUUUCUUCAGAAUUUACAUGAAUCAGAGGAUCCAUUGAUGAAAGGAAUCUUGGCAGAAACAGAAGCAAUGUUGGCCAGAGGAAAAAUGGAUUUGCCUAUUAGUUUAUUGUUUGCAGCUAGCAGAGGUGAUGAUAUGUUGUUGCAACAACUGCUAAAGAAGGGUUCAGAUCCAAAUGAACCAGAUAAGAAUGGAAAGACAGCAUUGCAUAUUACAGCUUCCAAAGGCAGAGACCAUUGUGUAGCUUUGCUUCUAGAGCAUGGGGCUAAUCCCAACAUCAAAGACUUAGAUGGAAAUGUCCCACUAUGGGAAGCAAUCAAGGGUGGGCAUGAUUCUGUGAUGAAACUUCUUAUAGACAAUGGUGCAGAUAUAUCAUCUGGUGAUGUAGGUUCUCUUGCAUGCGUUGGUGUUGAGCAAAAUAACUUAGAAUUACUCAAGCAUAUUGUUCAAUGUGGAGGGGACGUGACACAGUCCACGAGCAAUGGAACCACAGCACUCCAUGCUGCAGUGUGUGAAGGAAAUGUUGAAAUAGUGAAGUUCCUUCUAGAGCAUGGAGCAGACAUUGAUAAACAAGAUGGUAGUGGCUGGACUCCAAGGUUUUUAGCAGAUCAACAAUGCCACGAAGAAAUAAUAAAUGUAUUCAAGAAAGUUGGACACAAGAAAACACCACAUGCUAUUCCUACAACAUCCUUUUUUGAAAGGUAUCAAAGUGAACCCACUAUACCAGGCAUUCCCCAGGGAAGCAAGCCACCUAAUGAAGAACCAACAUGGUUUGAUAAUCAUCAAAGAAGAAGAGUUAGCCCUUUCCAUAAUUCCUUUUUUGGGAUAAUGUCAAAUGCAAAUUAUGAUAAAAAAGACUCCACAACCGCAUCUCAAAGUAGUCACAUUAGUAGGGAAGAAUUACUAGCCAGAGUAACUCUUAGUUGUCCAAAGAAAGGUGAACAUGCCAAAAAGCUUAUUUUUCUGCCAAAAUCCCUUGAAGAAUUGCUACAUAUUGGUGCUGAAAAGUUUGAUUACUCUGCCACCAGAAUAUUAAGCAAAGAAGGAGCUGAAAUUGAAGACAUAUAUGUUAUAAGAGAUGGUGAUCUUCUUAUUCUUGCAUAGGACUGAACAUUGAAGAUAACAUUAAUAUAAAUUGAUUUCUAUGAGUAUACAUUGUGCAGUUGUGUCUUGACACUAUGCCUCUUUGUCAA